UAGGGAUGAAGAAGAGUAACAAGGCAAGAGGGUGUAUUAAGACAAGUAGAGGGCCUUGGGUUGUACGUCGAAACACGAAGAAGAAAGGUGUUGUAAGCUCACUCAGGUUUCCUAGUGAAAGAGAACGCCAAAACAACCAGGAGAGGGAGAAGAGACGACGCCUUAUCACCAGGAGAAUAUUUGCAGGGCUUCGUGAUCAUGGCGGUUAUAAGUUGCCUAAACAUGCUGAUAACAAUGACCUCUUAAAGGCGUUAUGUCAUGAAGCAGGAUGGCAUGUUGAAGAGGAUGGUGCAAUCUGUAAGAAGGAUGCUGUGACUCGGAAUGUAGGGUUGAACAGUGAGAUAUUGGCUCAAGUCUCGAGUGACGGUAUUGCUUCUGAAGAUCAAUUUCAUUUUAAUGGAAGUUAUGGAUGCAUUCAGGAAUCUGUUGGAGGCGGCACCAUUGAUUUAACACUCUCACUUUCUCUACCUGCCUAUAAUCUAUAACUAGUUAGUAUCUUACUUAACAAUAGGUAUUGAAGAUAUCAAGAAAUUAUUGACAAAUACAUGAGAGUGUAAAUGAAAAACUCUAUUAAUGACUGAAAGAUAUGGUGGAGGUUCUGAGUUGUUUCCCAGGUUUAUUGUAUCAUGAACUACUCAAUAUUAACGUAAUUUAGUUCAACUGUCAAAUUAGUACUGUUA